AUGAAAAGCCGAGGAUCCUGGCGCCAUUGGAAUGAAUUCUUAAGGUCUGUGGAAAAGCCGCCGGAAAUAAAUUUAAGGGACUUGAUUAUUCCCACAAUGGAUACAGCUCGAUAUAAAUACAUUCUUAACGUUCUCCUAAGCGCUCGACGCCCACUGCUUUACGUUGGUCCGACAGGAACGGGAAAAUCCGCUUAUAUUCAAGAAAAAAUGAUGAGAGAAAUUGAUAGAGACCGCUUUGCUGCCUACUUUAUUAACUUUUCUGCGCAAACUAGUGCCAAUCAGACACAGGUAUGCAUUAUUUAUAUUUUAUUUGCAUGA